CAGAGACCAAGCAUCACUGCAGGGAACAGACUCUACCUCACCACAGUGUCUUUGACAGAAAACUACAGCAGCAGCAGCAGGAUGACUCUGGCAGCGUACAGAGAGAAGAUGAGAGAGCUCCCCCUGGUGUCUCUCUUCUGCUCCUGCAUCCUUCCUGAACCCAGAGACAGCACAGUGGAAAAGAAGGAAGCAGGUGUGGUGGACUUGAACCUGUGCAACAUCAGGGACAUGGAGGUGAUCGAGCUGAGCAAGCGCGCGAGCGGCCAGGCCUUCGAGGUCAUCCUGAAGCCGCCCACCUUCGACGGCGGCCCUGAGCUCAGGGCCACCACACCGCCUCGCCAGAAACCAUCACUGGAGGAGAUCCAGAAGAAACUGGACGCCGCUCAGGAGAGGAGGAAGUGUCAGGAGGCGGAGCUGCUGAAGCACCUGGCCGAGAGGAGGGAGCACGAGCGGGAGGUUGCUCAGAAAGCUCUGACCAAAGAGCGGCAGGAGCACCGCGCUGACGCCCGCAAGGAGCAGCGGCAGAUGCACCUGAACGCCUCACAGGAGCGGCUGCAGGAGGAGGACAAGCACAGUGUGGAGGUGUCUUGAUGGCCUGAUCACAACACAAGCUGAACUUUAAUUGGAAGCCAUUUUGGAGGGCUGAUGAUCUGAGGGUUGAUGUGUCGGGAGCCCGGCGCUGCUUCAACUGGGAGGCUGACAGGAAGAGACUCUGUAAAGAGUGAGAGAAGAAGAAAAAGAGGAGGAGGGCUGAGGGCGGGCCCGGCCGCUCGACCUCCUCUGACCAACCAGGACUCUUUUUAACGAGAUAAACUCUUUAUAACGAGAAAAACUGAGGAACGCUUCAGACUCGGUCAUCAUUAGAUGGUUCACAGGGGUUUUACUGUGCUUUGUUGCCAUGCCAACAGUGCCAAUGUGUUUGUGUGUGUGCGACUGUGUGUCGAGGAUUCGGCAUCUUCACAAGUUAUACUCAGCCGAACCAAACCGACCAGACGAAGCCCCGACAGAAACCAGACCCAAACCCAAACCACACAAAGGAGCUUUCACCCGAAUGGAGCAGAGACUGGACUGUCUCCACCCGCCUCCACCUGUCUCCACCUGCCAGGAGAGCUGAGCAGGAGGGAUCUACCAUACCUGGAUACACAACUAAUCUGAGUUAAACAGCUCCAUCUGCUGGACAGUUUAACUCAUUGCACUGACUGAGACAGUAGGUCAGCGAGAAAGGUUUGAUCAGCAGCGUGUGGCUGUUCAGUGACAUCUAAUGGCAGCUGGAGGGAAGUACAGCAGGUGUGCGUCUUUCUCACAGGACUGUAGUCAAAGACCACAAGUCACGACCACGACAAGGCGAGCAGAUCAAGUCAAAACCAAGACUUGGUCAAGACCAAAGACUGUAGUAGAUGAGAUAGACAGGGACAUGUCCUAUUUUCAACCACCAACAAAUCUGAGACAAAACCCACAAAAAAACACCCAUGAGACAAGGACAGGUCUAAGCCAGAGCACCUACAGGGCCAGGACACAGCUGAGUCAUCACACCCACAGGAGACCACCCCCCCACCAGAGACAGAUCAGAGCCAGUGGAACCACAAAGCUGAGACAGGUCCGAGUUAAUAUGCUCACAAGAUUCAUAGAUGAGGACGAGACAAACGUCACUUAAAGUAAAGACGAAUACUGAGACAAUUUCAAAUUAAAGCGCUGACGAAGCGCAGCUGAUGCUGAGAAGGUUUCAAAUCAAAACAAGCUCGAGUUAAAACACCCACAGAGAACUAAAGACCCCCACGUUUUUCUUUUUCAGAUGCUGUUUGGCUUUGUCUCAUAUUUCUUCAUAUCGAGGUACUAAAAUUAGCAUGCUAGCAUUUAAGCUACUAUUUGAAGCUACAGCUGGUCAGUAUGAACUGGAUGAGAGGGCACAGCACGGGAUGUUUGCCAGAUGUCAGUGGAUGAGACAUUUGCUAUAAGGCACCAACAAUAAACAGGUACUUAGCUAGCGUGGCUAACAGUAGCAUUAGCUACAUCACUGGUUAUUUAACUGUCCAGUACUUAUUUAUCCGCCCCCUCCCCCGCUGAUAUGAAUGAAUGAAUGUUAUUGAUCAACACCUGAUAAUCGAUUGUGUACAGUGUUUACAGCUGCAGUGGUGUGUUUCUGUGUGUGUGUCAGUCUGUUUCCCUGGCAACGUCAGUGUAAAAGAGUCAGGUUGAUGAUGAUGAUGAUGAUGAUGAAAAUGUACAGAAAUCACAUUAUAUUUUAAAUUCAAGAA